AUGCACUGCUGCGCCGCCGUCGCCACUCUCACUCAACAGCAAGACGGCUUCAAACUUGAAGCCAGCCCUGGCGCCAACUGGGGCCCUUCCUGUGGAUUCCCUUUCGUCUCUCCCGCCCUGUUCGUGGCCCCGGACGACCAAGCCAGCAACGAAUGCUGGGCGAAGAAAGCUGCACUUACAAGAGUCGGGAGUUCUGGGGCCAAAGCUCACGAAAACGCGCCAUCGGAGCGGUCGACUGCUGCGAAACCCGCUCCGAUUGCGGUGGACCUUUGCGCCGGCGAUCUUCUGGCUGCAUCGGGCCAGCGCAAGGCGCGAAGCCUGGCUGCAUCGCCCAGAAGUCGCCCCCGGCCGCGUGGUCCAUUCUCGGCGCGUCUCCGCGGUCAACAGCAGUCUCUGGCGGCUGUCGUCGAGGCUAGCCGCGGUGUGCACGAGAUCGGCGGCGCCACCCUGGACCUCUCGUUCCUGAAAUCUUCAGGGGGAACAAGGCACCGGCUGGGUCUGGGCGAAGCGGACUCUGUUGGCAGAGAGCACGAAUGGGUCCCUCCGCUUUCUCAAAAAACCAGGCAGAACGGGCCGGCGCCUGGCUCUGCGCGGUCCCGCCGGCGCUUUUCGAAGGUAGCCGCGUCCCGGCCGGUUUCGCGCGCGUUUGGUCUGGAUAGGAAGCUGUGGCCGGCGACGCUAUGUGCAAUCCCAAGCAAAACAACCGAGUCGUCCUCGUCUUGCAUCGCGCCGUCCCGUCUCGUGACCUUCGCUCCAAAGCCAUCCUUGUCCUGCCCACUCCCCUUCCCUUUCGCCUCUCCAGCGCUCAUCGCGGCCCCGGACGACCACGGCUUGCUCAAACUCUGGGCCAAGAAGUUCGUCCAACACGAUGCACAAUCCCACUCCCACCAUUCGCAAUUCUCCUCCCCGCCGUUUCUGCCCAUCUUGGACUUGAAUCUCGCAAUAAUUGGCCGUGACGCGCGAUCGCGACAGCAGAUUGACGCAGAACUGGGCUCGAGAAGAGAGGACGACGUCCUCGUUGGGAAACUGGACUUUGGUGGCAAUCCACCGGCUGGAUUCGAGCCGGCAACGCGCCGAGUUUGCCUCGAAACCGGCCGUUUCGCCCCCACAAGGCCUCUGCCACCGCGGGGGAAGACGCAGAGGAGUUAUCUCAACAUGUUUGGCGCGUCCUAUGCGCCUGCGGCGGUAUGCAGCCGCGGUACUCGCUCUAGGCCACCUGACCUCCGAGACUCGAGGGCGCUGCGUCGAGUUUAUGCGUGUUCCGCCUGGAACUCUCAGGGAUAUGAGGCAUGGUCCGCCCCUUCAUUUCCUGAACUUCCUGGGCGGAACGGGCGCGUGGUUGUCCCUGCGCGGCCCGACCGUUGUCUGUUGGGGUUUGUGGUGUUGUGGCCGGUCUGCCGCGUGUUCAAUUGCCGCCGAGACGCUCCAUUCUGGCUUAAAUCUCAGGAGUCGAGCCUGCGUCCGCCAUGCUCGGUCUAG